UAAGAAUGAAAUCCAUCUUAUACAUGUUGCAGAGUGACAUUAAUAUUUUUGUAGAUCCCACAACAGAAGUAGGAGAUGGAGGAGGAAUAUCGGUGGGACAAACUGAAAAAUUGGGUCAGUGUGCAGCAAGACAUUCAAGCUCGUCUCCAGGCUCCAGAUAAGUUCGACCAGAAUGCUUCACUGUACCACGGACCACAGUUGUUUCACACACUUCGACAUCCAGCUCACAUCAAAUGUAUGACGCACUUCACCAGUAAUGUUGGGGAGAAUUUUGCAACCCAUUACAGAAUUGGAUCUAUGAACCACAUCUCUGUGUGGAACAUGGAAACAAGGGACCGAGAUGCAGCUUGUAACCAGAGAAGGUUUAACAUCGAUGAUGAGAUUACAACAUUGAUGUUUGUUCCUAUGCACAAAGUAUACCUGGGAUUUGGAUCAGAUUUGACGAUGAGGGUCUACACUGAUGCUAAAAGUGGCUGUAGGAAUGUGGGAGCCAUUUCCUGUGAUACUACCAUCUUAUGCAUGUCAUACAACAAAGAUACAGAUGAGGUUUAUGCUGGGGGUAUAGGGACACUUGAGAGAUGGACUGUAGCUGGGUCUGAGCAUUCAGCAGUUGCACACCGUGGAGAGAAAUUUGACACAGAAAUAAGUUCCGAUGAGUGGGUAAUAGAUAUAAAAGUGGACCCAAGAAAUAAACAGAUGUUGGCUAUAACAUACAAUGGAAUAUAUGUUGUCAGCAUUGUGAGUAUGAAACAGACACAUUUAUUACAGAACAGACACGAAGGGUCACUCGGAUGUUGUGCAUUUUACAAACAGAGGGAAUACUUCCUAACAGGUGGCGGAGACGGACAGAUCAAAGUAUGGAAUGCUAUCAUGUUCACACAGAUCCAUGUAUUUCAUGGUCACCGUGGUCCGAUCACCGGACUCCAAGUCCACAGCACUGACCCACUUCUUUUUUCUAGUUCGAUGGAUGGUACUGUACAAAUUUGGCGAAUGGACAACUUCACCAAGUUCAUGCAGGUUGAUCUAGGAGAUGGUGUUUGUCAAAUGAAACUGUUGGGUGAUGAAGAUUUUUUCUGUCAAACUGAGAAGGAAAUAAGAGUAUAUAAUCUGAAUCAAUUUUACAACUUUUUUGCUCCUGUGGAAUCAACAAUUUUCAAACUUCAGCUAUUUCCCAGUGUUCAUGGCAAACCUAGUCGAGUCUUGGCUAACACAGAGGAUGGAUCUGUACGAUUUUUCUCUCCUGUUACUGGAGCCACUCUUACCAUCAUCUACCCUCUACCGAUAUCUCAGGUUUCGAGUUCAUUUGCUUACAAUAGAGACAAAGAAAAACUGCUGACUGUUUUAGAAAAUGGAGAUGUUCUGGUGUUUGACUGCACCACAAACCCCAGUAAGGCAGAGGAGGUGUGGCAGGCUUCCUCCUUUGAUGAGCUAGUCACUCAGCUGUCUGUCAUGGCUCUGAGCUAUAAGGAUUUGGAAGGGGAAAGUGUGAGAGAGACCGUUGUAUUUGGAGGAUUAGGAAAUGGACAGAUCUCCCUGCUGGAUGCAGACAAGUGUGUGAUGGUAAAGAACCUCCAGGCUCACCAGGGGGCCAUCACGUGCAUGGAAGCUACGACUGACAUUGACGACUCGGGAUUCCAAAUCUUGGAAACAAACACCACCCUUGUCACAGGAGGAGAGGACAAAGCCCUCAAAGUGUGGUCUGUCCAGGUUAAAGCAGGGCAUUCUGGGAAUAAAAUUGUCCUGGAACCACUUAUUGAGAUUCCAUGUGCUGGUGUGCCAAACCUUCUGAGUGUGUAUGAGAAUACCUUAUGUGUCACCAUCAACAGUCCUGACACAAAACUCUGUUUAAGAAUGUACAGAAUGGAUGGUCGGGAUCUGGAAAAUGUUACUACCUUACAGUUCACGGAGCUUCACCAUACUCAAGACGACGAACAUGCAGAAGUGAUGACAGCACUAGACAAGUGCCCUCUGUUAGGGUUGUUUGCCACUGCCAGUAAAGAUGGCUACAUUAAGGUGUGGAAUCGUCACAAUCAGCUGGUAAGGGAGAUGUAUUUGGAGGAGCCUCUGUAUGGUCUGUGUUUUGCCAAUGCUAGGGGAGAUCUGCUCGUAGGAUUCAAAAAUCAUGUCUGUUUAAUUCCAUUGACCAAUUUCUUUCCACAAAAUUAUCUGGAGCUUAUCUCGCAUCAAGAAUUCAAGGAUGAUUUGAGAGAACCUCCAAUACCAUAUAGUUCAAAGAUCAACUCAUGGUGUGACCCCAGCAACCUGCCAACCUUUAGUACAACCUUGUCCAUCAGAAUACAGGAGAAGCAGAACCCAGCAAUCGACCAGGGGAUCCUUGAGGACAUUGAGGACCAGAGUGAUUCUUGGGAUAGUCUCUCUGAGCAGGAGGCUCCAACUCGCAAAAAGUUCCGCCUCCCAAAGUCAAAAUUAGAUGCUGAAGAGGAAAAAAUUCAGAAAGCACUGGACAAAAGAAAAAAGUCUGCAGAUGAGGCUGAUGUGAUGCAGUACACGGAUUUUACGGAUGUCUUUAGAGAUUUAUACAAUGCUGAGGAAACUACAGAUGUUGAAGAAGCCUUUGAGUCCGAUAUCGAGGAAACACCACGUACAAAGAAAUCUAAAAAAGAGAAAAGAAGAAAGAGUAUGUCUUCUAUUCCCAACAUUCAGCUUCUUACCCCCUUUGAACUGGCCCUACUAAAGAAAAAACCAAUCAUUGCAUUGGAUGGAUAUAUUCCCAACUCUGUGAUCAGAAAACAGCUGGGUUAUCGCCCGCCGACGCCACCACAGAUCCCUACUCGUCAGGAUGUCUGGAAGCCAAAACCUGUUCCUAAACCUUUACCUGAACGAGAGGUGGAAGAGGAGGAGGAGGUCAUGGAUUUAUAUGAGUUGGCAAGAAGGUAUAGAUUCGAUGCAGGAGAAUCAGACAAUGAAAGUGAGGCUGAUGAGCCAAUAGGGGAACGCCCCUGUAACCGGGGUAGACGCAAAAGAAACAAGCGGGUCAAGAAAAAGGUGAAAGAUGAUUGGAGCGAUGGGAGUGAUGAUGAUGAGGAGGAUAUUGAGGAAGUCAUUGAUGACUUUCAGGAGGAUGAUUCGGGCGUUGAAAUGGCUGAGUCUCUGGUAGGGAGUCAGUUCUCUCUGCUUGCUUCUGGCAAAGCGCUUAAGGAACAGAAACCGUUUGUCUGGGGAGAACCAGAGAAUAAUAGCAAGAAAUCCAUCAUGUCUCCCUGGAAAAAGGUCACCCCCAUAGUUCGGACAACAUCCAAUUUAUCCUCCACAUCAUCUAAACGGGCCUUCAAACCUUCUAGUCGCCGGUCAACACCCAAUACCCCCACCAAAUAUGAACAUCCCAGCAUCGUAAAACAUCAACACCAACAUCAACAUUAUGUGAAAUCGAAGGCAUUUGAGUUUGGGAAUGUCUUUGAUAUGAGAGGACCUCACCCGAAGUCUGGGGGCCCUGGAGAUCGAGAAAGAACCAAGUCCUUCCGACUGACCAACAUGGUAGUGGAUGAGGACUCCACAGAUGUCAGGAUCAAGGAAAAUCAGAACAGGAAGAAGGCAAUUCAGGUUAAUGAUAUGGAGGUCAUGCAUAAACUGAUGAAGGAGGACUUCUUCCGUGAUCUGAAGGGAACCCCAUCUUAUGAGGGCAUCCUCCAGCGCUUGCUGACCAUGUUGGACACAGAUGAUGUUGAUCUUCAUGGCAAAAUCUGCAACUACAUCCUAGAAAUCCACAAAGAUGUGGGUAUAUCUGAUAUGUACCUAGACAGGAUUAUCAACAAAUUGUCCAAUCAGCUGAGUGGAGGAAAUUCUAUCCAAGCUUCUAUCCGGAAAAAUGGCUUGUCUGCGCUAUCUGUAAUUGGCAAAAGUCGUCAAGACGUGGUGGCUACCAUUUUACCACGGCUUAUUGAUAGUUCGACUGAUAUUCGUGAGGAGGCAACUGAGGCACUAGCUUCCCUGACCGGAGCAUCGAACAAGGAAGAGUUGUGGAACCUGAUGGAGGAGAUGGGACUCCAACAAACUUAUAAAAGCAAGGAGGAUGAGGAGGAGGCACUAAAGGCCCUGGCCAUGCGGCUGGAUGUCCCUUACCGACCCGACAGUUUUGCGGAUUGGAUUGAGGACUGGAUGGAUGAAAUCCAGAGUCCAGCUAUGUAUGAUUUGGAGGAUGAUCUUCAGCUGAAUGAUAUAGAGAAGGCUUGGGGUGGUCGGGACAAGAGGUGGAAGCCUGAGUCGCUGUACCUGUCCGAAUCUGUCAGCAGAGCCUCCAACAGGCUGAAGGAGCUGUCCUUUAUAUCCGACAAGUCUCUCUUGGAGGAGGAGAGGCUAAGUUUUCUUGGCUCUGAAAGUGAAGCUGAGGAAGGUUCCCUCAGUGAGCUUUCAGACAAUGACCCUUCCCAGCAACCCCCGGAGCACCUUUCAGGGGCCACAGAGCUCUGUGUGGGGAAUCAGACACUCAAGAUCCCAGAAAAACUAAGUGGGUUACUUCAAGACAUAGAUUCUCAAGGAAUAUUUUCCCAAAUCUAUGACCCAGAUAGUGACAACUAUGCCAAACAGUUGUCUGUCAUAGAGGAGAUAUUAAAGGAGAAUCCAGACUUCAACCUAAGUGACCUGGAGUUUGACAGUGAUCUAUCUGAUCUGAAUCAGCCUGCAACACUGGAAGGUAUUUUAGCAUCACAGAGGCCACUGAUGGAUACCCAGGGGCAGGAGAAUGCUGGAGAAAGGCAGGACUCCCGACAGGACCUGGGAGUCCAACAGGACCUGGGAGUCCGACAGGACCUGGGAGUCCAAGUGGAAAGGAGUCUGGAGUCGAUUUGUGCUGAGGACAGGAAUAAGCUGAGAGACGGCAAAUCUGAUACUCAAACAGGAGCAGAUCUGGGUCAGGUGUCCCCUGGAACGAAGAACAGAUCUCGUCUUGACUUCAGAAAUGAAUUAGAAAACUUGAGAGAAUCUGAAGAUCGUCAGAGAUCACAGUCGCCAAGAAAGUACAGUCGUGGAAGGUUGGAAAACCCAAAUUUGAUCUCCAGUCAGAAUGGCGGUUCUGGAUGCAGUUACAGUUCAGAGAUGGAUGAUUGGUUUGACCCCCGUGACGCUAAUGUGUAUAAACACUACAGGAAUAAGUACAAAAGACCAGGCAGUGGGCGGACCAUUGCUGGAAAACGAGGUGGAGCAUUGGAUCAGUUUGGAAACCUUAGAGAGGGUGAUGAUGUUGACAGUCAGCUUAGUUCACAAGGAGUGUACAACGAACCUGUAGUGGAUAUCACUCGGCAUGUAAACAGUGGUACUGACCCAAUGAGUGCCCAGGACUCGGGAAUUGGACAAGAUUUCUCUGCGUCUGCUACAGCGAGACCAAGUAACAGUCAGCUUACGAGUCCUCGCCCAUCCAUGAUGUCUACAGACAAGUUAUCUCGUGGACCUCGUAGCAAAGGCACCGUUAGAAAAUGUUCCAAACUGACAGACUGGAGUAGGACCCAGUUAUCUCCUGUGAAGUCAAGCAGCUCUCUGCAAAAAUCGGCUAUGUCCACACCAAGAUUCAGCACAGACUGGCAAAAGUUUUUCAAUACCCCUACUGCCCUAGAGAGGAAACGAAUGGACAUGGUAAAAAAAGACUUUACAGAGGGGAAGGUAAAGCAGCAUGUGCCAGCAUCCAUCACAUACAUAUCAUCAGACCUGCCCAUGUUACCAGGAGAGGCAGGAUUGAGAUUGUUGCACACAGUAAAAGUGGGAGAGAAAGGGGAUGAAGAUAAGCAUGAGACGAGGCAUCGAGUGGAGGCAAUCCCAGGGAAACUAAGCUCACAGACAAAGAAUGAAAAUCAUGGCCAAUCCCGGUAUGGCAUUUUGAGCAUGCAGUGGGUCACAGACAUGCCUGUAUCCAAUCCUCCUGAAACGUCUACACCUCGAGUUCACCCUAGAUCUGACUCCUGCAAUUCACUGUCCCAGGCCACUGAGAGGUCAUACGAUGCAUACACUGUUAAAUCUAUGGGCAGGGACACAUCACGUCUCCCAAAACUUGCUCAAAAGUAUUCCAAAACCAAUGCAUCUAGCAGAGAAAUAUCAAGAAGAGAUACAGAUGAUGAUUCCUUUUAUUUACCCACAAUACCUGGUGCUUACAGUCCUGACUUUGUAUGGGAACACCCUCUACCUCCCCCACCUCCCCGAGAAUCUAGGACGAACAUGGCAUCCAUAAAGAAAGACCACGAAGAAUACAGCAAAUACUACCACUUAAUCAAGCGCAAAAUGCAUAAAUAUACUUCUAAUGUGCCAUCGCUACCCAAGGUAGAUAUAAAACAAGCUAUACCCACAUCUAAGCUACAGAAGAGUCUAACUAAGAUGUCAAAGUUGUCUCGAGCCCCAACUCUGUUUUUCCCAAGAAUUACUUUAAAUCAGUUGAUUUCUUCUACACAAUGACCAAGAGAGUCCGACUCGGCAUUGAAUUCGGUGCAAACUAUUUCAUUUUCAUAAGAACCUUACAUUCAUCAAAUCAAACAUAUUCCACUUAAGUCAUUUUCACAGUCACAUGUUUUUAUUUUUAUUUACAGUAUUGUUUUUGUGUUUCAAUGUUAUCGGAUGUUUUAUAUCAGGUUAAUUUUUGUUAUAGUGUACAUUGUGCAUGUAUUAAUUUUCACAUGGAACUUUCAGUCAACUGGAAUGGAUGUUGUAAAGGCAAUUAUACAGUUAUGAAAAAAAAUAAACUACACAUGGUUUCAAAUUUUGAAAUCGAAGUGAAUUUAAAAUGCACUCACCAUUGGUUAGUUUUAUCAGAGCUGUGUGACAGCUGGAUGACCUCUGCUUGCUGUAUGGAUUUUUUUAGUGGACUUUGUAAACACAAUGAACUCACUAUAGUGUUAAAAAUAAAGAGUAUUUUUUGUUUUGUUUUUGUGAUAUGUUGAAAAUUAAUAAAUUAAGUUUUAUGAA